AUGAAUAAUGUCAUGGAGUUGGUCGUCCGAACUGUAAAUUUCAUCCGAUCUAGAGGCCUGAAUCAUCGUCAGUUUGACAGCCUUCUCAGAGAGAAAGACCACAACUAUGGCCUGCCAUACCACACUGAGGACCUUGCAUUUAUGGUGGAUGUUACAGAACACCUGAAUAACUUGAACAAAAUGCUGCAAGGGCACAGCAAAGUUGUCCCGCAGUACUAUGACAGCAUAUGUGCGUUCAAAUUGAAGCUGUCAUUGUGGGAGACACAACUCGCGGGUGGUGAUGCUGCUCAAUUUCCUUGUCUGAAAGAUGUGUGCGUGACCCAACAUGCCGCAGACAUGAGGCGGUUUAAAGAUAAAAUAACGGGACUAUUGCGGGAGUUUGAGCAACGCUUCCAGAUUUUUGGUGAACUGGAGAAGGACUUCAAAGUUUUUUGCUCGCCAUUCAGCGUGAAUGGCUCUGAUCUGCCCGUCAACAUCCAACUAGAAAUAAUAGACUUGCAGUGUGACUCAGAUUUGAAGGGCAAGUUUGCGGCAGCUGGCUUGGACACGUUUUACCAGCAUCUCUUGCCAGGUUACCCCAGCUUGACAGCCCUUGCUGCAAAAGUGUUGUGCAUGUUUGGAAUCACAUAUCUUUGUGAGCAAGUAUUCUCUGUAAUGAACAUCAACAAAACAAAGCUGCGCUCAAGGCUCACGCACAAGCACUUGAAUGACAUCCUGAAACUGGCUGCCACUCAGGAUGUGAUGCCUAAUAUUGAUGCACUUGUGAAAGCUAAAAGAUGCCAGGUUUCAGGAGUAAAAUAA